CAUCAACUGCACGCGUCUUCCCGUCCCGUAGAUACUCCAUCUACAGCUCACCGCCACGAACCACCCACGAACCACCCCCACGAACCCCACGAUGCCGCUCAUAAUCGCCUCGCACGACUCCCUGCCCUACAUCGAGCCCGCCCCAACCGCCUCCGAGCUGGCCCAGAUCACGUCGUUAAUAACCUCUGCCCUCGCCUCGUCCUCCACGUCCACACCGCACCCGUCCCUCCCCACACUCCUACCCAGCACCUUCACGCCCGCGAUGACCCUCGAGCUCAGCCGCGUGGCAUCCGGUCUCCCGCUCGAAAACGGCGUCGACCUUUCACGCUACGACCCAUCCACCUUCACCCCCGACUCCCCCAGCACCAGCACCCCCUCCACCUCCGCCCUCUCCGCAGCGUACACAUCCUCGACCCACCUCUCAACGCGCCUAACGAACCUCUCGCUCCUCUCUUCGUACGGACGGAACGCGUGGCUGCUGCACAACUCGCAGCUGGAGGAGCUGCUGCGGCAGCUCGAGGAAUCGCUUAUGGCGCUGCGCACGGAGGCGGAGGUGUGCAACAAGGAGCGCAAGGGGGCGCAGGUCGAUGUGCGCGACGAGAUGGGCCGGCUCGAGGUGCGCUGGAAGAAGGCCGUGGGACGCGUGCUGGAGGUGGAGCUGGCUACAGAGGGGGUCAGGAGGGAUAUAUUGGAGAGGCAGAGGGCGGGGGCUAGGUAGUUGGAUGGAUGGGCGGUGUAUGAUAGAAUGGAUGGAUGGAUGGGACACAAUCAACAUCAACUAUUGCGAUGGUGAACAACGACUACAUAUUCUAUGAUUUCGCUCCAUUGUAGCAUACUUACACCUCUCCCCC